GAUCUUGCUUCUCCCGAAAACAAAAGACCGAAUUUUGUACUUUGUUUUCAUUUCAAUCCUUCCGAUUUCGAUGAAAUCUGAGGGAAAGAAAUGACGGACGGCGGAGAAUACGGCGAUCAAAACCGUCUGCUGAGAUCCGCCGGCCACGAACAAGAAGACGGCGACGGUGAUGACGUCGAAGCCCAAGGGAACAACAGUGCCACCUCCAACAGCAGUAACAACGCUUUAAAGGAUAUCUUCAAGCACUUAGAUCGUGGAUUCUCUGGGAGACGCAACAACUACAAGCGACUCGACAGAGAGCACUCAUCAACGUCGUCUUCAGUAGAUCGAAAUCAUGAUGAUCAUCAAUAUGCUUAUGUCGACGGUGCGGAUGCGCUUGGUGAUAGCGCCCCGCCUGAAUGGGCGUUGCUUCUUAUCGGCUGCUUGCUUGGGCUCGCAUCUGGUCUCUGUGUCGCCGCUUUCAAUAAAGGAGUAGGUUUUCUUCUCUAAAUUUUAGAUAGAUUUUUAGUUUUGUUUGAGAUCUGGGCUCUUCACUGAUGCUGAAUUAUUUAGUUGUUGCGUGAUUUUUCCAUUUCUGUUCAUGUCAUACAUGAAUGGGCCUGGGCUGGGACACCAAAUGAGGGUGCUGCUUGGCUCCGUCUCCAGAGACUAGCUGACACUUGGCAUCGGAUUCUUUUGAUACCGGUGACUGGGGGGGUCAUUGUUGGCAUGAUGCAUGGUUUACUUGAGAUAUUGUAUCAAAUAAAACAGUCCACUAAUUCUCAACACCAAAGUCUUGAUUUGGUUGCUGGGGUCUUUCCCACAGUAAAGGCCCUCCAAGCUGCUGUAACUUUGGGAACUGGAUGUUCUCUAGGUCCUGAGGGCCCUAGUGUCGAUAUUGGAAAAUCGUGGGCCAAUGGAUUUUCAUUAAUGAUGGAAAGCAACAGAGAAAGGAAUAUUGCUCUGGUGGCUGCUGGUGCUGCAUCUGGAAUUGCU